AUGGGUGCAAGACGUCUGAACAACGAAAACGUGGCCAGUGGACCCAGCCAACCCAUCACAUACGUCAAGGAUGUCCUCUCCGCCGUCCAGUCCAGACCCAGGCAGACCGCCCCCGGCGCCAUCCAAGCAACAAGGAAGCGUGUCCUCGGCGAAAAGACCAUCGUCCAUGUCUCGUCUUCUUCCAACACAAACAAUUCCAACAAUAACAUCAACCCAAGCGCGUCCGAUAAAGAGAAUGGUGGAAGUAGUGGCAGCAAGGCUUCGCGACCUCCAUCCAAGAAACAGCCUCUCCAGACACAUGGUAUCCCAAUGGUCCCCGUAAGGACAUCUGUUGCUGCCCCAUCCUCCGUCUCCUCAACCUCCUCCACAUCAAACCAUAUCUCAGCCACAUCAUCAUCCAACACCACCACAUAUGUCCCUGCCUCGGGCGCAGCCAGGAAACCAUUGCAGGAGAGAAUUCCCGUCGCCAACCAACAGGACAAAAUCUCUCUCCACCAACAAGAAAAGCCACAUGUUAUUGUCAAGAAGGAACCCGGCACUGGGUCGAAGUCGUCUCUACAGAAUAUCAUGCGCCAUAUCGAGUAUGAUCAAUUGCGGACUGUGAAGUCCGAACCUGACCAUGUUAAGCUGGAGCGAACUGCAGCAAAACGGCCAGCAGAGGACUCGCUACUACACGGAGUGAUGCACAAGCUGGAAUGCGAUGACGAUGCGGAAUUGGCACGCAAUCAUGAGACGGAAGAGGAAAUGAAGAGGCCUAAAAGGGAAGAACUUCUCGGCUGGGACGAUUUGGAUGCAGAGGAUGAAGGCGAUCCAUUGAUGGUGUCGGAAUAUGUGGUCGAUAUCUUUAACUACAUGCAGAUUCUGGAGAACGAGACUAUGCCUGACCCACAGUACAUGGAGACACAAAUGGAACUGGCAUGGAAGAUGAGGAGCGUACUGGUGGAUUGGCUGGCAGAAGUACACAACAAGUUCAAGUUGCUACCAGAAACACUUUUCCUCGCCGUCAAUAUCAUCGAUCGCUUCCUCUCUUCACGCGGUGUCUCGCUGGUGAAGCUUCAGCUGGUGGGCGUGACGGCGCUGUUCAUUGCAGCCAAGUACGAGGAGGUGAUGGCACCGUCGGUCCAGAACUUUAUUUACAUGACGGAUGGCGGAUUCACUGACAAGGAGAUUUUGAAGGCAGAGCGGUACAUGCUUCAGGCUCUGAGCUUUAAGCUGUGCUACCCCAGCCCCAUGAACUUCUUGCGCAGGAUCUCCAAGGCCGACAACUAUGACAUUCACUCGCGCACGGUGGCGAAAUACCUCAUGGAGGUCCCACUGUUGGACCACAUUUUUUUGCCUUACCAACCAUCGCUGAUCUCUGCAGCUGCGCUCUGUCUGGCAAGGAAGAUGAUGGGUCACGAGGACUGGACUGUCAACCUAGCACACUACUCUGGAUACACAGAACCACAACUCCUCACCUGCAUGGAAUUGAUGGUGGAAGUCCUGAAGAAUCUCUCAGAAGAGACCUUCAUCUUCAAGAAGUACUCGACCAAGCGCUUCAUGAAGGCCUCGAUCUUUGUCCGUGAAUGGAUCCAUCAACACCUUCAGGCUCCUGUACACAGCAACUAA